AUGACAAUGAAUAAUAGUUCUUCAUCAUCAGAUGAUGAUGUAAUUGAACUGAAUGUUAGCGGUGAAAGAAUAUCAACUUUACGAUCAACUCUUACUGUUGUACCUAAUUCAAAAUUAGCACAGAUGUUCACAAAAGGUAAUCGAAGCGUAUGGCAAUCAAGAGAUAAACAGAAUGCGACCUUUUUUGAUUAUAAUCCUGUUCAAUUCAAAUAUUUGCUUGAUCAAUUGAGAAUGAUCAAACGUACGCCAGAAAUACCUUCUGAAGAAAUUAUUUUUCAAACACCAAAUGCAGAUAUACAAACAAAUUUUUCUUACAUGAUCGCAGAUCUUGGACUAAAUCGUAAAAGUAGAAAAAUUCUUGUCGCAUGUCGUCCUGUUGGUAACCAUAAGACGUUAACUCUAACUGGUGUUGGUAAAUGGCAAGAUCUUUUUCGUCCAUGUUCAUCAAAUACUUAUUGUCAAUAUGAAAUGAAGAAUGAUAUAGCUUUCUACUACGCAUUAGACCAAGCUUGGGGCUUUGAAGGACGUUCACAGGAUAUCGUUUUGGCCUCCAAUAAUCGGGGUCACAACUACGGAUCUGGAUCAAUGAGUACAAUCAGUUUGAAUCCUUGUGAUACCAAUGAUCAUUACUCUGAGGGUCGACUUUGUUGGUCACUUCGCUCAAAUGUUAAUCGUGGUGGUGGAGACCGAUGUGGAAGUAUGAGAAAUCUUCACAAUGCAGUUGAUUGGGAACGAAUAGUCUAUCAAGUUGUUUGA